AUGGAGCUUUUGAAGAUCCUUCCUUGGUGUUGUGCUGUUCUGGCUGUGGUCCUGAACCUGCUGGCCCUCAGCCUCUCCACCACAGCCUUGCUGGGCAGUUAUUGGUGUGUCGGGACUCAAAAAGUCCCCAAGCCUUUGUGUGGGAAGACUAAGAACACCAAGUGCAUCGGUGUCCCUAUGCCUGCUGACAGAGGGGCUGGCAAUUCCUCAUCACCAUCCCAAGAUGUGGUCCACUAUAGCUGGGAGACUGGGGGUGAUCGCUUUGCCUUCCGGUACUUCCACACAGGCAUGUGGCUUUCCUGUGAAGAGAACAUAGAAGGCUCAGAUGAGAAAUGUCACAGCUUCAUCGAACUUUCACCUCCAACAGAGAGAGGUAGGAAUGAGGGUUUUUCCAUGUCUAGUUUGGACCACAUGGCCUGGGCCUCAUUUACUUGCUGCAUGGCCUCUGCCGUCACAACCCUGAACACGUACACAAAGACGGUGCUGGAAUUCAAACGCAACCAUCAGAAAGGCUGCGAUGGGAGCCUCAUGGCAGAUCAGUCCCAGCACCACCAGUGUUUCUUGCCGCCUCAAUACUACCACAGAGAGCAACUGGGAGGCUUCUGCCUGCACCGAGAAAAACCACUCCACUCCGUCUCCGAGGGGGUUGACUUCUACUCGGAGCUGCAGCAAAAGGUGCCAAGAAGGGAGCCUGACCUAUUGUUGAACAAGAUCCUGGAAAAAUCAGGCAGUGAAGAUCCCUGUUAGGACAGAGAGAGCUCAGUGGGACAGUGGAAACAGAGAACUCUAAACCAAACUCCUACCUUAGGGGUUCUGGCUUCUUCCAUUUGCUCUGCUAGGGAAUGGUGUGGGUGGGAGUCAUGCAGUCACUGGGCAGUCUCUGCAGUCAUAUGAACCUGUGAUGCUGCCUCUUCCAUCUUGCUCAGUAUUGUCUAAUAGGCUGACCAGCAGCAUCUCUUUGGGGUUCCAGACAGGAGUCUUUCCCUGAUGUACCUAGAGGUGCCAGGGACUGGACCUGGACCCCUCUGUAGCCAAAGCAGGUGCUCUGACUGAGCCAAACUAAAGGUGAUGUUAUUCAUGUCUUUCCAUGCCUGACUUUUUAAAU